AUGGUGGAAUUCUGUGUUGUGUGGUUCAUCGCAUUCGUUGGCUGGAAACAGGGUUCCUGUGAACUCCUCGGAAAUGACGAUACUUCUCAGUACACCUUCGAAAGAAAAGCAAACGUUAAUAAAAGAGACGCUCAGAGUGAUGCGACCUGUGAAGCAAUCCUCGAAAAAAUAAGGCUCGACGGUCUUUCUACGGCCACGGAACAUGAUUUUCAAACAUCAUCGACGAGCAUUGCAGGUGCACAACUGCAAACCACUCCUGCAGCUGAAGCUGAUGGUUGGGUCUACUACAAGGCAACGAAUAUGUGCUACAAGAUAUUCGACGAUUAUUCAAAUUUUGAUGAGGCAGAGAAGAAUUGCAAUGGGUACGAUGGACACUUAGCAUCCAUUCAUUCUAUGGAACACAAUCAAUUCCUUCUAGCACUUGAUCCAAACAUGGAUGAAGACGACGCAGACCUCUGGAUCGGGUUGAAGAUUGAGGGACAAUGUGAACUUCAUUGGAUAGACGGUUCGGAUCUCGAUUUUCAAAACUGGGUUCAAAUACAACCAGACUGUACUACAAAAUCCACGCUUAUGAUGUCUUCUGGACAAUGGUACACCGAAAAUGGUCACCACGGCAAUCCUUUCGUUUGUGAAACUGAAAGCACUAUCUACUGCCCUCAACAUCCACUUUCCAUAGCGGUGCAAGAUGUUGGCAUCUUUUACUUGUCAUCCGCCGGUACACCACAUCGACUUUCACGUAAAGCUCUUCAUUGUUCCAUCACCGUAAACGGUGCUGCUCAAGUCUCCGAUCCGUAUAUCAUGAUAGGGGGUUCCUGUGAACUCCUCGGAAAUGACGAUACUUCUCAGUACACCUUCGAAAGAAAAGCAAACGUUAAUAAAAGAGACGCUCAGAGUGAUGCGACCUGUGAAGCAAUCCUCGAAAAAAUAAGGCUCGACGGUCUUUCUACGGCCACGGAACAUGAUUUUCAAACAUCAUCGACGAGCAUUGCAGGUGCACAACUGCAAACCACUCCUGCAGCUGAAGCUGAUGGUUGGGUCUACUACAAGGCAACGAAUAUGUGCUACAAGAUAUUCGACAGUUAUUCAAAUUUUGAUGAGGCAGAGAAGAAUUGCAAUGGGUACGAUGGACACCUAGCAUCCAUUCAUUCUAUGGAACACAACCAAUUCCUUCUAGCACUCGAUCCAAACAUGGAUGAAGACAACGCAGACCUUUGGAUCGGGUUGAAGAUUGAGGGACAAUGUGAACUUCAUUGGAUGGACGGUUCGGAUCUCGAUUUUCAAAACUGGGUUCAAAUACAACCAGACUGUACUACAAAAUCCACGCUUAUGAUGUCUUCUGGACAAUGGUACACCGAAAAUGGUCACCACGGCAAUCCUUUCGUUUGUGAAACUGAAAGCACUAUCUACUGCCCUCAACAUCAGAUUUACUACCAAUGUUACGCAGAGAUGUUCCAGUACGUGGACGGAGUUACCGAGAUAAAAGCGCUGGGUGAAGCUGGUCAACCGACACUGCCUUUCUUCUCCUAA